AUGAUACUUUAUCAUCGAUUAAUUGUUCUUUUAUAUGUUAUCUACUUAAAGUAUAUAAUGCUGACAUCAUCAAGAGAUGAACAUGGUGAUGAAGUAUUCGACGAGACAUGGAAGACGAAAGCCAUAAAAGAUAUCGCAUUUUACAUAAGAAAUCAUAAGUUUAAUGAAUGGGAUCGAAGAUUUUACAGAAAUAAAACCAAUCGAAACACCUUUGGAUUUUAUACUAAAUUUCCGGAACCAAGUCUACGAUCUUUGCAUUGGGAAGUUCAUGAAAAUUGUUAUAACGAUUUCUAUAAAUGUAUUAGCUAUAUACAUAAAGUUAUUGAAGUGGCACCAUUCAAAAGAAGGGAUGAUACCGUAACAAUUUUAAACAAUAACUCAACUUUAGUAGAUCUCAAUUUGAUCAACAAAUUAGAUCAAGAUUGUAAAAAAAUAUUAUUUUAUGCAGAUAAAACAGGAUUGCCAUUUGAUGGACCACAAGAACGAUUCAUAUGGCGUGUAUCAGUUUCAUACUUUAUGUGCUGGUAUACAAUGCGGGGAAUAGCUGAUUUAUCUAUACUUGGCGAACCUUGCGAUAAUUUUGCAAAUUGUUUGGAUCCAAAGUUCGUGAAAAAUCUAAUAUCACUCAAGACAUAUUAUUGUGCAAGCUUAUUCAAAAAGAGAAUAAAAUAUUUGAUGGCAUCAUCAUGA